AUGGCCAGAGGAGCAUGUCUGGUGCUUGUGCUCUUAGGUCUAUGCAGCACCUCCUCUGACAUCUCUGUGGAGUAUUCGUACAUCAGUGAGUUUAAAGCAUGGCCAGAAGCUCAGGAGUACUGCAGAAACGUCCAUAUUGACCUGGCCACCGUAGAGAACAUGAGGAAUAUGAGGAGUCUCUUAAAGACUGUAGACCCACAGUACAAGGGCCUGGUGUGGAUUGGGCUGGAGAGGGGAACAGAGCAACGCUGGCAGUGGUCUCUGUGGAACAGCUCUCAGCCCAUCACAUACACUAACUGGAGGGAAGGUGAACCUGAUGGCCAAGGAGACGGAUGUGGUUUUAAAUCUGACGGAAUAUGGACUGACAGAGACUGUUCCAUUAAGUCAGAGUUUAUUUGUUUUGAUGGUGAGUAA